AUGGAGGCGCUACCCAGGAGACAGGCCAAGUACAUCAAGGAAGACGUGGAGGAAGGCCGUAGGAGGGAGAGUUUGAACAUGAGUUUGGACCACAAGUCUCAGAUUUUCCAGAAUUUAAACGGAGCAAUCGACGAAGUUCUUCUGAAGUUUGGAACGGAGAGAGUACGAGUCAGAAACACCGUGUACGACACACUGCCAGUGGUCGUCCAUGGAAACGCCAACACCAAAGAGUAUCCCACUGUGAUGGUUGGAGUGUUCAUCGAACAGCCCACUCCUUUCCUCUCUCAAUUCUUCCAGAGACUUGUGACCCUCGACUACCCCAAACAUAAACUUAACGUCUUCGUUCAUAACAAUGAGGUUUACCAUGAGAGACACAUCCAGAAGUUUUGGGAGGAAAAUAAAGACGUGUUCAAAAGCUUCAAGGUUGUGGGUCCGGAGGAGAACUUGAGCCAAGGAGAGGCCAGGAACAUGGGCAUGGGGCUGUGUCGUAAAGACCCCAGGUGUGACUACUAUCUCAGUAUGGACGCUGACGUGAUGCUCACCCACAGACAGACCCUGAAGAUCCUCAUCGAGCAGAAACAGAAAAUAAUUGGUCCUCUUGUCACUCGUCACGGCAAGUUGUGGUCCAACUUCUGGGGAGCGUUGAGUCUGGACGGAUACUACGCGCGUUCUGAAGACUACAUCGACAUCGUGCAGAGCAAGCGUGUGGGCGUAUGGAACAUUCCCUACAUGGCUCAUAUAUACUUGAUAAAGGGAGAAGUCCUGAGAAACGAGCUGAAGGAGAGGAAACAUUUUGUUUUGGAGAAACUGGAUCCUGACAUGGCUCUCUGUAAACAUGCUAGAGAAUUGGUAAGACCGCUCUUGGGCUGUUCUCCACAGGGCUAUGCAUUGAUGAACUUUGUAGUGAAGUACACCCCUGGCAGGCAGUCUUACCUGAGACCACAUCAUGACUCCUCCACAUUCACCAUCAACGUUGCUCUCAACAGCAAAGGAACUGACUUCCAGGGUGGUGGCUGUCGGUUCCACAGGUAUAACUGCUCACUAGAUUCUCCCAGGAAGGGCUGGAGCUUCAUGCACCCAGGCCGUCUGACACACCUUCAUGAAGGCCUGCCCACCACCAACGGAACCCGCUACAUUGCUAUCUCCUUCAUCGACCCUUGAAAUCUACACUACGCUAAGCAUAGGAUUUGAUCAGGUUUCAUUUGUUUUUGUUGUGGUUGAUAUGAUCUAUUUUGUUUGUAAUGAUAAAGUGCCUUAUGUUGUACUUUAUACGUUUUACUGAUGCCAGUUACUGUACAAAUACAUACAUAAAUAGUUUAAAAAGACAAGAAAGGAAUUGUGGGUAAUGUCAUGCCCGAGUCAGGCGAUCCCCUUCAUAUGAAACUCUCUGUCAAACAGAGUGUGGUGCCUUAAAAGGGACGUGAUGACUUGUAAUGACUGGCGGUCAGCGGUUUAGGUAAAGCUUCAUUCUUCAUCUUCAAAUCACCCAUACGCUAAUAAUCAUUAUUUAUUAGUCAGCAAUCCAACCCAUACUCUUAAGGAAAAAUCUAUGUGUUAAGGAUUAAUGCCAAUGGGAAUUCCUGGCUUUUCUUAGCUGUUUUAAUUCAAUUACCUGUUUGUAUGUUUCACAUGAAUUUUUCUUGUUUUGAAACCAUUUUCCAUGUUCUGUCUACACCUUUUUGUAAACGUUGGGUUGCAGUUUGUUACCUGAUGUUAAUACAUGCCCAAAGAAAGAUAUUUGAAUUUUGGUAACUUUGCACACCAGAUAAUAAAAUAUAUGACUUCGUAAUUUAAUAUGAAUUCUGGAAAUCUAGUUCGAUAUUGUCAAAAAAUAUUUUACUUGACAUGAUUUUUUUUGAAUCGCAGGACAGUAAGCCGUUAAUGGCGUUUCGUUCCUAAACUGAAACAUUUUAGAGAUGUUUACGUUCUCUGAAAGUUGUUUGUGAAUGAACUUUGAACCUCAAAGUUCAAAGUGCUUAACUUAUUGAUGGAAAUGGAAUAAAAUCUGU